UAUUAAACCCCACUUAUAACUUUUUUUUAUUUUGAAACUUGAAAUGGCGUUAACGUGUGAGUAAAUAACCUCCAGUAAAUCCCUUUCCAUUCCAUGGGAAGUUAAGAUGGGGAAUUUCGGAAAUAUCCCAAGUUGCAAACAUUCCAUGGGAAUUAACAGGAACAUAUGGGAAUUAACUGGAUAAUUCCCAGAAGUUUGCAGCCCUAAACCUGAUGCCGUUAUCUAGGAAAACAGCCCCGUGAUUCAGUAUGUUAGUGACUCGUGCUGAGUUGCUUCAUUUAAGCAUUUCCCCUGUACAACCUUGAGGAAACCACAGAUGAACUUUUCACCCCAAAGACACCUUUCACAUUUCUGACCUUCCACCUUCCAGUGUUCUGCUGAAUAGCCUUAUGGAUGUCAGUGUCUGCCGCAGAUAGGUCUUGUAAUGGAACUAGUGAGCACUGUAAUUGUUGUGGUGCUAAAUAUAUAUAUUACCUAGUGAAUCUGCCAGUUUCCCUCAUUGUUUAACUCUGACAUACGGAAUCGAGGUUUUAAAACCAUGGAAUUCUGUGUACCUGGGCCUACAUUGAAAAACAUUUUUUGUAUACAUUUUUCUCGGGUUUUUCAGUUUUCAUUUUGUUUGUAUGUUUUUGGUAAAUCCGCCGUUGGAAAUUCAGAUCUGUUGAAAUGGACGGCUUGUUUUGUUUUGGCACUCAGAAUCACUUACUUUUCGGAAAACAGUAUACAUCCCAUAAUGUAAGGAGUUAUGCAGUAUGAAUGCCCCAAGUCCUAAUAUCUUUGUUGCACUAUAAAGUCCUGUUUAGCACCAUAUAAAUUAAUCUAGUGCUAUGAAAAGUGCUAUUUCUUUAUUGCUAAUUGCUUAUCUUAAUUUGCAAAAUAAUCAGUGUAAUACUUUAAUUAGCAUGCAGGACUAUUACACAGCGUUUUCCUCCAGUCGAACUUUUAGUCUCAAAGAAAAGUUUAGGACUCGAGGGUGUCGUACAGCUACAGAAGUUUAAAGAUAGUCCGAAGUGCUGUGUUGUGCGUAGUUUUGGAAUCAUUUAAAUGCUGGAGAUCGACCUUUGCAUGGUGAUAAAUUCGGCCCUGCAGCGCAGAUAAGGACUUGAAGAGUGAUGAAUGUGAGAGAACCACGGCAGUUUAUCAGCGAAUCUUGCGUGUUGCCCCCGUGAUCCUAGAAAUGAGAAUAUCUCACUGAAUCUGAGUAACGGUCACGCAUGUUGACCCGCGUGCGUCUGUUACCGUCAUGUUGGCUGGCAGUGCCAGAUGCCUGAACCAGUAAGUGCAGCAGGGCGGCAUUUGAGGCCACCAUUGUGGUGCUGCCUUUGUUUGAUAACCUAGCUGCGCUAUAAAUAAUGAAUAAAAUAAAUAAAUAAAAUCCGACUUUCUGUUUCCAGGGCUAUUACUGCGAAUGUUAUAAUUUGUUUGAGUGAUGCAGUGCACAAGACGGAAAGCUUCAGUUCCUCUCUUCCCGUGUGGACACACAUUGUUUUGGACUUGUAAACAAGUGACGCGUUAGGGGAUAAACGUUUGCAGUCUUAAGGACGUAAAUACCCUGAAUUAACAGAUUAUAAGGAAAUAUAAGUCGUUCAGUUUAGUUAUUUGUGAAGACAUGAACUGGUUCCCUAAGCCUAACCGAUGUAGGAGGAAGUAUCGUAAGGUGACAUAAUAGUUAAAUACCUUUAAUGAGGAGUCACUGACUGAAGUUCCAGUACUUGUUCCUUAAUUUAUGAUUUAUAACUUUGCUGCUGUUUAUAGUUCCAAAAGCCAAACAUGUAGCUGAACUGGCUUCGCUAUUGUGAAUAAUUUGGAUGGCGUAGGUUGCUGUGGAAUAGGGCAGCCCUGCGGUUCUGUGCACAUGCCUGUUCUUAAUUCUGCAGUGGAACCUGAGCCGACACUGGCAUAAGAUCAAGAAGGGCAAAGGUCAGCCGUGGCUUUUCGCUCUGUCCAUAGGUGGCCUGGUGCCUCGGCAGGUAGCACUGAGCCUCGCACCUCCAGUGCUGGGGGCUUGAUUCCUGUCCGCAGCUCUGUCAUAUGGGGUUAUUGCAUUUUUUCCCCCUGUUGUGUGGGUUUCCUUUUCAUAACCCCCACAGUUAUGAUAAUUGGGAUGUCCCGUGUCAUGUGCUCUGUGCUUCCUGCGAUUGGCUCACUGUGAGUCUGUACUGGGUAAGAGCUUCUGGAAGAUGGAUUGAUUGAUUUCUCAGCAUGGUGAGUUUUAUUCAUGUGGGAUAAUUGGUUGGCUGAAUAUUCACUUAUUGUGAGCUGUCAUGUUUAACCUAAUAAAAUAACCUAAAAAAGCCUCGAAGUGGUGUCUUGGAGGAUGUUGAAAAGUUUUCUAGGCACGAGCUAUUUAAUGGUGUUGUCUUCACGGUAGGAUAUGGCGGUAUGUGGGAGGAGAGAAGGCGGGGGUUAUUUUACAGUGCUAAAUUAAGAAUGAGUUGCUUUGAUUCAUAAAGCAGGAGUUUCCUUCUGUUGUCAGACAGGCUGCUGCGUACAGGUGUGGUAGCGGGAAGGUCAUGAACAAACACGAUCAGGCAGGAGAUGCCACUCAGCGCUGUUUCGUAUCGUUAUCAGAUAGAUUAAAUGGCCAGCCUGUCCAUGUGGGGAUGGGGAGCUCUCGGAGUGCUGCUCUUCCUCAUCACGUUUGGACCCUUUGCGAUAUUUUACUUUGCUUUUUAUGUCUUCUGCUUCCUUGGCGGAGGCUUCGCCGUCACGCUUUUAUUCGGGAAGACGAGCUCGGAGAAACACUUGGAGAAAUGCGAGCACUCCUACCUUCCGGCCACGGCGACCGGCGUUCCCAAGACGUUGGACGAAAUGAAACUUGAAUCCAAGCCGAUCAAGAUAGACAGACGACUGACAGGUUCCAGCUUUAUCGAUGAGCCUUUGCAGCAGGUUAUUCAGUUUGCGCUGAGGGACUACAUCCAGUAUUGGUACUACACCCUAAGCGAUGAUGAAUCCUUCUUGCUGGAAAUCAGGCAGACUGUUCAAAACGCUCUCGUCCAGUUUUCCACGAGGUCGAAGGAAGUGGACUGGCAACCGUACUUCACCACCAGACUGGUGGAUGAUUUUGCCACACACCUGCGGGUCUUCCGGAUGGCCCAAGAGAGGCUGAAUGAGAAAGAGGACUCCCAACAGCGAGAUGCCCCCGAGGAGUUGCUGGAUUCAUUUUUUGAGGCGGAGGUGGAGUUGGAGAGGAAGAUCUGCCGAGAUAUUGUCUGCACCGCUCCCAAGGAUGAAGAAGGCUUUCUGAGGGACUUGUGCGAGGUGCUGCUGUACUUGUUACUACCUCCAGGAGACUUCCACAACAAGAACAUGCGAUACUUCCUCAGGGAAAUUCUUGCAAAGGGUGUUCUACUGCCAUUGAUCAAUCAGCUGAGUGACCCAGAUUAUAUUAAUCAGUUUGUUAUAUGGAUGAUUCGUGACUCAAGCUCCAACUACGAGGCCUUCAUGACUGUCCUGAAGCUGACGGACAAGCCGCCCGAGCUCGAGGCGGUGAAGGACAAGGCCAUGGAGGAGCUGCAGUACCUCCGCUCGCUGGACACCGCCGGAGACGAUAUAAAUAUGAUAAAGAAUCAGAUAAAUAGUUUACUCUUUGUGAAAAAAGUCUGUGAAACCAGAAUUCAGAGGCUGCAGUCUGGCAAGGAAGUAGAUGCCCUGAAGCUGGCCGCCAACUUUGGGAAACUCUGCAUCAUACCUCUGGAGCACAUCUUGGUGCACAACAUCGCGCUGCAGUUUUUCAUGGACUACAUGCAGAAGAUGGGCGGCCAAGCGGAUCUGUUCUUCUGGCUGACGGUGGAGGGCUACCGGGUAACGGCUCAGCAGCAACUGGAGGCCAUGCAGAGCUGGCAGAGAGACGGCCGCAAGCAGGGCAGCCAGACCAAGGGGCUGCUCAAGGCCGCCGCCCUAGGGGUAUACGAGCAGUACCUCUCUGAGAAGGCCUCCCCCAGAGUUCAGGUGGAUGAGGCGCUAGUGGCCAAGCUGGCAGAAAAGCUGAACCUUGAGGACCCCACGCCGGAGAUAUUUGACGACAUCCAGAGAAGGGUAUACGACACGAUGCUUCGCGACGAGCGCUUCUAUCCGACCUUCCGGCAGCACCCCCUGUACGUGCGCAUGCUGGCCGAGCUGGACAUGCUGAAGGAGCCCAGCUUCCGAGGCUCCGACGAUGGGGAGGGAGAAUCGUUCAACGGCUCUCCGACGGGUAGCAUAAACUUGUCUUUGGACGACCUCUCAUCCGCGAGCUCCGAGGAGGUUUUCCAGCUGCACGCGUUCAUCUCCGACACCGGCGUGUGUAACGACCACGGGAAGACCUACGCUCUGUACGCUAUCACUGUGUUCCGGAAGAAUCUGGACGGGAGCGAGGACAGCUGGAAGACCUAUCGUCGCUAUAGCGACUUUCACGACUUCCACAUGCGCAUCACCGAGCAGUUCACAAACCUCUCAGCCAUCCUGAAGCUUCCAGGAAAGAAGACCUUCAACAACAUGGACAGGGACUUCUUGGAGAAGAGGAAGAAGGACCUCAAUGCCUACCUCCAGCUGUUGCUGAACCCAGAGAUGGUGAAGGCGUGCCCAACCCUCACGCCAUAUGUGAACGACUUCCUGGAAAACAAGGCCUAUAGCAAGGGCAAGGGGGAGUUUGCGCGAAAGAUGGACGUCUUUGUGAACCCGCUGCGUAGCUCCAUGCGCAACGUCUCCAACGCCGUGAAGUCUCUGCCCGACAGCCUGGCGGAGGGCAUGACCAAAGUGUCUGACAACAUGGGCCGCAUGUCCGAGAGGCUCGGCCAGGACAUCAGGCAGUCCAUAUUCAAGGUGCCGCCUUUGAUGGCAAAGUCAGACAUCGACCCCGAACACUUCCGCAUCUCAGCCCAACUGGACGACAAUGUGGACGACAAUAUUCCUCUGCGUGUGAUGCUACUGCUGAUGGACGAGGUUUUCGACCUGAAGGAGAGGAAUCAGUGGCUGAGGAGGAACAUCAAGAACCUGCUGCAGCAGCUCAUCCGUGCCACCUACGGGGACACCAUCAAUAGGAAAAUCGUGGAUCACGUAGAUUUCAUGACAUCCCCAGAGCAGGUGGCCGACUACGUGAAGCGAUUUAGAGACUCAUACUGGCCCAACGGGAUCCUGGCGGAGACUCCGCCGCGGAGGGACAAGAACAUCCGCAUGAGGACACGAGUGGCCGCCAAAACCAGCCUGCUGGGAAUUAUGCCAGACGAGCUGAAGCACAUCAUCGGGGCUGACACCACGCGCAAAGGCAUCCUGCGGGUCUUCGAGAUGUUCCAGCACCAGGAGCUGAACCGGCGCCUGGUCUACGUGUCUCUGGAGGGCUUUCUGGAGACCAUGUUCCCCCAGUACAAGUUCCCAGAGCUCUUCGUCAAGCUCUAUUCCCGCUCCGAGCGCACGCUCAAAUACUCCAAGAGACUCAAGACGGCACAGAAGAGGUGACACCCCCCCCCCCGCCCCCACUACUGCCAUCACCUGCUCUGUAGCACGGGGGUGCCAGCUCCUGGUCAUCGACAGGUCAAAGCUUUGGCGACAUGGGAGAUGGGGUGGGGGGGGGGGGUUGGGCAUUUGAAAAUCAGCUUUGCAGACCGUGUGUGGACUUACACCGCCCAGCCCCCCCUCCCCUCCCACUUGCCCCAUCACUUAGUUGCGGGCACUAUACCAAUGUGGUUGUAGCAUAGAAAUAGUUUUAUCCCUAUGAAGAAGUAUUGAACACUAAACAUGCUAAGCACACCACUGAGAGACGUCGUGGUGCUUGACACACAUGAACGGCAUCCAGUACUUAUUUCAGUUUUAUUAUCAUUUUAAAGAUUGUAAGAAUGAGGGAUUCCUCCCAUAUGGAAUCCGCGUUGAGAUGCCCGAGCAGAGCGUUUUUCAUCAUCAACAUGCACCAUACACAGAUACUGUGUACUUUUUAAGGAGCUCGAGGAAUGAGGCGGUAGCAGAGGUGUUUGAUGCGAUCCCCUCGGCUUUGAGGCGGGGAUACAAGCUGAAGGCUAGAGGUCUUCGGUCUUAGACGCAACUUAGAUUGUGCUUCGGCAACUUGUAGUACAUGAAGAGUUCGCGACGAGAAAAAUAAUGGCUGGCGAGGUGACAGUGCGACGUUCUUUAGUGCUUUGUAGGGUGUUUUUUUUUCUUCUUUUUUCUUCUUUCUCCUCGGGGGGGGUGAGCCGACAGGGAAAGUCACCGUCUUCAGAGUUUGCACCCCCAUCUGUGAAGCUCCUCCUCCCCCCAGAUCCUCCUCCCCCCAUUGGACCAAGCGGUGGCUGGGGCUCCUCCUCCUCCUCCUCCGUGCAUCACACAUUGGGCAAAAUGCACACAGCUGCUCAUUUUGGGCCCUUUCCAGGGGCGUGGAUUUAAAAGAGAGGCGACUGUGAGACCGUUUUGAUUGUCUGUCUGUCCAGGCUGGCAGCCCCUGUGUCCGUUUGAAUGGAGCACGGCAAGGCGCACGGUCUAGAACAAAAGGCUCUCCAAGGACCGUCUAGUUUAAACACACGCAAGCGCGCUCCUUUGUGAAGACUGCAUAUGUUGGGUUUUUUUUUUUGUUUGUUUUUUUAAAACUUUUUUUUUUUCUUAAUUUUAGAAAUGUGUAGCACUAAAAUGCAACCCUCUCAAGUCAGAAAACUGUGCCACUGUAUGAUAGAGAAUCAGCCUUAAUAUUUAACAAACGACCAACAGAGGAGUGGUAGCAAUGGACUCCCUGGCAGUUGACUAGCUGCAUUUAUAGGAUUAUAAUUGAUUUCUGAAAGAUAUCCAGACUUAAUCAUCACGUCAUAGAAUAUGUAAUUUUGUGCAAUAUUUUUCUUUAAUGCAUGUGUAUUUGAGAAACUGUAUAUUGAAAGCCGUUAUUGUACUGAAAUGUUGAGAGAAGCUGAAAAGAUGACCCAUGCACUCAGCUCACAUUCUGUCGUUUUAUCAUUUUAUUUAAGGACUUGUUUUAUAAGUCUCUCUUUUUUCCACUCCUCCGUAGUCUAACGUUCGUUGACGAUAGGCACUGUUCAGCUAAGCAUGGCUUUCAUCAGCAAGCAGGACUGUAGGAGCACAUGGCAGAGCCCCCCCCCCUGUGUUUUGUCGGCACAGCCGCAUAUACGCGGAGGUAAUGUGGAUGCGCUGCACGAUAUAUCCGGUCGUAUCUGCAAACCGUGACAGAAGGGGCGAUACAGGCCCCUGACUUGCACACUAAGGUUUAUUAUGAAACCCAGGUGACAGUGGGCCCCUGGUGUCCUGCGGUGGAAAGAGUCUUUAAACGCUGCGUGAUUUUGUAUAACGAAGAGCGCUUCGUUAGUGACAUGGAGCGACAGCAUUUCAGUUGUCUGGUUAAACACAGCCAAAAUGAGGGACAGAUGUCACUCAAAGGGCCGACCUUCGGAGGGCGCUGCCGCAACAUCGGCUGGCCCAAGAUUUCCUGAAGCUUACUUGCUCCAUCUGACCUGGCUUGGCCCACUUGUAAUAGUCUUUCAAUUAUGCGGCGUCUGUAGCUAAUGAGUUUAGCAGGCUGCACUUGUCCUUCUAGACCUUGUACUUGCACUCUGGGAGAGUAAGUAAAGGUGUCCCCCCCCCCCCCAUGGAAUAUAUGCACCUGCAUUUUCUUUUUGUCCCCCUCCCCUCCUCCCCAUGAUACAGAGCUUUUUAAGUCGCCCUGUACAUAUGAAUCUAUGAUCAUGAGUUAUAUGCAUAUCAGCUUACAAUGUGUCAACAGUGUGCCUAAAUGUACUGUCAAUUCUAUUUUCUUAUUUUUCUUUAAUGGAUAAAGUCAGAAUGUCAUGAUAAUUUUUAAUAGACUGAAAAAAGAACUCUAAAAGCCAUUUAGAGUGUGUUUGCAUUAUGCUAAUAAAUUGUUCAUUUGAGCAGCUGAAGUCAACAUAACACUAAUAAAAUGUUAACUCUA